UUUAUAGCUAAUACAAACUGUAGCCUACAGGCUGUAAUGGGAAUAUUGACGGAAGCUUGUCGCUUUUAACAACUCGCCGUCUCCUUUGAAUGAAAAAGUAGGCAUCAAACCUCGGCGUGCGCUCUCUUUACCAGCAGACGAAACAACCAUAGGCUGUAAACAUCACACGUUGAAAAUAAUCAGUCACAGAGAUCUACACUGGAAUGCCCUACAUCGUGGAGAGGAGCGGUGUAGCUUGUGUUGGCUUUAGGCCCGUUUUUUACGUGUAAACAAACGGAGUAAAAGGAUUUCUCAUGGUCUUCCUCCAGUCUAACAAAAAUGAAUAUGUAUGCUGUGCCCAACCCAGAAAUACCAGGCUGUCCCCCAGGGUUAGAAUACCUGACUCAGGUGGAUCAGCUACUCAUCAAACAGAAAGUUGAGCUUGUUGAAGCCCUUGUUGGAUUCGAAAGCAACAACAAGUAUGAGGUCCGUAACAGCAUGGGGCAGAAUGUGUUCUACGCUGUCGAGGAGAACGACUGUCUGAGUCGACAGUGUUGUGGUCCCAUGCGCUCCUUCACCAUCCACGUACUUGACAAUUUUGGGCAAGAGGUCAUCACCGUCACCAGGCCACUUAAGUGCAUGUCUUGCUGCUUCCCUUGUUGUCUACAAGAGCUGGAGGUGCAGUCUCCCCCCGGUAACACAGUGGGGUACGUUAUACAACAGUGGCACCCGUUCUCCCCCAAAUUCAUCGUCGCGAACGAACACAAUGAGCCUGUACUGAAGAUCCAUGGGCCCUUCUGUGGAUGGAGCUGCCUACCAGAUGUUGACUUUGAGAUUUUGACAAUGGAUGAAGUCAGUAAGAUUGGGAAAAUCAGUAAGCAGUGGACAGGACUUCUUCGGGAAGCAUUCACAGAUUCAGACAACUUUGGUAUCCAGUUCCCCAUGGAUCUGGAUGUGAGAAUCAAGGCUGUCAUGAUCGGUGCAUGUUUUCUCAUUGAUUUCAUGUUCUUUGAGACUACUAACUAGGAGCCAAACAGGAUAUCCAUGUAAGCAUACAAACAUUCCUGGAAGAACAAGGCCACAAAGCCACGAUGCUCAGUCCCAAAUUCGUAGUAGGAUAACAUCCAUAUAUGAAUGAAUAAAAAAGGAACACCAUUGCAGACAAGUGCUGUUAUACAGUCAGUGAAAAAUAAAAAGACUGGUGUCAUUAUGGUUAGUAUGCCAAGGAGGUCAUCCAAAUAGCACUUGUGUGAUUUGGUCAUAUUAACAAUAGUCAUGUUACUUUAUAUGGAGCACUAUGCUUGUAGGCAUAUUGUGUGAGAACUGAAGGACUCAUGUAAUAUCAUAGUUUGUAGUUCAGAUAUUCAAAGCCCUUAUUUAUUGUUUUAUAUUUUGGUCUGUUACACAAUUUGUCAACUUAGAGUAAUGUGCGUGUGCACUGCUUUGUGCGUGUGUCUGUGUGCUAUGAGUGUACUUGUGUGUUUUAACUUAAACAUUAGCUAUCAUAGCAUUACAAUAAUAUUUUCAAUGCCAUAACAAUUAUGCAUAGUCAAUUGUAGAGGUUGUUUAUUUGGGAACGGAGAGGUUAUGGCUUGAUGUGUCCCAGUCUUGUCCACAAGAGGGAGCUAGCUUUUCAUUUAAGGAUAACCCAACACAGCCCAAAUGGACAAACUGAAUACCUCCUUAUGCCAUAUGGUUUUUAUUCAAAUAUUAGUGUCUAAUCACAGUGUAGAUUUUUGGACUAACUCAGGUUGAAAUGCAUGCUACUGUUGGCUCCAGGAAAUACACACCUGCACCUGAUACUAUACAUAUA